UAUGGGGAGAUGACACAUGCACACAUUCUUUUUCUUUUUAACUAUGAAAGGUUCAAGCAGACCGUGAGCCGUACAUCAUUCUUAUUAGAGAGGAGGAGAGGUGCCUUCAUGAGUUGCGACUGCAUAAUGUGUCCAAAACUCCCCAACCAGACUGCAAGGGUAUGUGGGACCACUUGAAUUGCUGGUCUCCUGCUUUUGUAGGGGAAACUGCAUCACACAACUGUCCCGAUUUCUUCAAAUCAGAAGGUAAAGUGGACCGGAACUGCACAGACAUGGGCUGGACGGACCCAUUCCCUCCUUACGAGCAUGCAUGUUUCAACGAAACCUUCCACUUACUUGGAGAGUCACAUGACUCCCACAUGUACUUCCCCUACGUGAAGACCAUGUACACUGCAGGCUACGCUCUCUCUCUACUCUCUCUCACCAUUGCCAUCCUCUGUCUCUUUAGGAAACUGCACUGCACCAGAAACUACAUCCACAUCCAACUUGUUUCCUUCAUCCUGCGUGCUACCUUCAUCUUCAUCAAAGACUCUGUGCUCUUCACCGAUGAAGACUUCUACCACUGUGAUGACUACCCAGUGGUGUAUAAGUUAGUGGUGAUGUUCUCCAACUACUGCAUCAUGGCUAACUACAGCUGGCUGCUGGUGGAUUGUCAAUACCUCCACACCCUGGUCAGCGUCUCCUUCUUCUCCAAGAAGAAACACCUUUGGUGGUACAUCAUCCUGGGCUGGGGUUUGCCAAUGAUUGUCAUUGUAUCCUGGGGCUUGGCAAAAUACUUUGAGGAUGAAGGCUGCUGGAAGACAAGGGUACACGACUGGGUUUGGUGGAUUCUCCGAUUACCAGUCCUACUCUUCAUAAUUAUUAAUUUGGUAUUUUUUCUGAGCAUCUUAAGAAUUCUGGUGGGAAAACUACAGAUGCCAGACAUGCAUGGAAAUGAAUUCAGCCAAUACAAGAGACUUACCAAAUCAACUUUUCUUUUGGUGACCCUCUUUGGUGUGUACUACAUCCUUUUUGCCUUCUUACCCAUAAAAGUCAGUGGUUUAACAUACAAAAUAUGGACCUUUGUUGAGCUGGCUCUUGCAUCAACACAGGGCUUUGGAGUUGCUGUUCUAUACUGUUUUCUAAAUGGGGAGGUACAGUACGAGGUACAGAGGAGAUGGCGCAGGUGGAGGCUGAAGCAGCAUCUACACGAGGAGCCCAGACAGCAUGGUUCCAUGAGCCAAAGUGUCUCUCCCCUUACCCAGGUCUCCUUGCUUCCAUGUUACGGACUAGCCAGCCUGGCCUUAGACAGACCCCCCCCCCCCCCCCCCAGGCUUAAAGAUCUAGGACAUUUGGGUUCAGUGGAAAUCCUAAGAAACAAGAACAUAUUCAAAAAGGGACUCAGCUCUUCAUCAUCAUCAUCAUGUGAAAGAGGUCUGGUUAUGACCAGCCUUUUGUCCAGAGAAUUUAUCGGCAUGAUUAAAAAUUCUCACUUUUUAUUAUACUUGGAAGACAGAUAUUUUAAGAAACAUAAUUUACUGUUAUUUUGCACCAAUGUACUCUUUUCAUUUUUUUUUUUACAUUUUCUGAAAUAAAUACCCAGAUCAAGGGCUGCACAUUUUC